AUGUUGCGCAUUUUUACGCGCGGACUACCACUCGGUCGUUCUUUUAUUCGUACCUUCUACGGAGCAAGAAGCCAAGUUACUCCAAAUCUAACGGAGCCAUCCUCAAUGAAUCCAGGAAAAUAUCCUAAAUGGGCAUGUAGUGGUGAAGAUAUGUUUUCAGAGUUAGGCGAAAAUGCCAAUAUUUUCGUUCAAGGAGGUGUUGGGACACCACAUGAAUUAUUAAAAGAGUUAAAAAAUUAUGUUGUUGAGCAUGGCUUGGAGGGUAUUACUCUUCAUCAGUUUUUUCCUAGAGGUGAGCUCUCCGUCUUGGAACCAGAGUGCAAAAAGUUUAUCCGGAUUAAUAACCUUUUUGCCACUCGUUCUUGUCGUGAUGCAAUAAACAAUGGUGAAGCCGAUUUUGUCCCGAUUUCACUUAGUGAAAUUCCUCACCUUUAUCGAAGACGCCAAUUCAACUUGGAUUUAACUCUCAUUCAAGUCAGUCCACCAAACCAGCAUGGCUUCUGCUGCCUCUGUGGUGGUGUUGAUAUUAAUCGUGCUGCCAUUCAGAACUCCAAGAUUGUUGUUGCACAAAUUAAUCCCAACACUCCGACUACAUUUGGUGACACCACGGUGCAUAUAAGCAAAUUGGACUACAUAUUUCACAGUGCCUCCCCUCUGCAGGAAUUUGAGAUUCCAGAAAUUGCAGAGGUGGAUUUAAAAAUCGGAAAGAUUAUUGCUGAAAACCUGAUCCAAGAUGGUGAUACUUGCCAAUUUGGCAUAGGUCGAAUUCCUUGUGCUACUAGUCGCCAUCUUAAGAACCACAAAAACCUCGGAAUUCACACCGAUAUGCUUUCAUCCGAAGUGACAGAUCUGUGGCACGCAGGAUGCAUCUCUAAUUCCAUGAAGAAUGUCCGUCGUGGUCGCAUUGUUGCCAGUUUCGCUGUUGGCAAGAAGGAGAUGUUUGAUUUUAUUCACGAAAACUCCUCUGUCAAUCUCUGCGACAUCGCAUGGACGAAUGCGCCAGAGGUGAUUGCUCGAAAUCCAAAUGUUGCUGCCGUGAAUAGCUGUUUGGAAGUGGAUCUCACUGGGCAGACUGUCUCCUCAUGUUUUGGAACAAAAGUCUACUCAGGCGUGGGUGGGCAGGAGGAUUUUAUUCGAGGCGCAAGUUGGUCGGAAGGUGGGAAGCCGAUCUUGUGCAUGCGUUCGCUCACGCCAGACGGCAAGAGUGCCAUUCGGCCCUUCCUGACGCGUGGCUCUGCGGUCCUCUGCUCACGCGCCCUCGUUCGUUACAUCGUCACAGAGCAUGGUAUCGCCUACCUCUUCGGCAAGAACCUUCGUCAGCGUGCUCAUGCUCUCAUCGGCAUCGCACACCCAGGCUUCCGAAGUCUCUUUUUGAAGUGUGAUCCCCCGAGCUUUCUAGGAUAUCUCUUGAUUUCCACUCUUGCCAAUUUCUUAGAAGAACCGGCGCACAAAGACGUCAGGGCGGGCGUCUUUAUUAGCCCGACGUGUGUGCGUAAGCAGGGCGAUGUGGCGUGUACGGACUUGACUACUGUCACUCUAACGGCGACGCAGACAGUUUCCAUCCUGGUAGCGGUAAUACUUGCUCUAGACAACUUGGACGCUAAUCCGAAUCUUGCACUACAUUUUAGUCACAUGGAUGAAGAGGUUAGUGCUCUGCACAUUGCAAGCUUUCUUGAGCACGAUGACGAGCUUAAUACCAAGGAGAUUAUGUACAAUCUAGAGACUGUGCUCAAUCGGUCCGAUCGAACCUUGCUUGAAUGUCACCUACGAAUUGUGGAUGGGGAGUACCUUACAGUGCGGGUGGAGGGCGAGAGAGAUCCCUCAGAGUGCUUUGAUCUAUGCUAUAUCGAUGAUGUUCAUGGGUACUCUUGGACUCAUAAGGGCGCCGAAUACCCCCAUCUCUUUGUGUUUCGCUUCCUUGCCCGUACCGUUACCGAUGGCGAAGCUCCAAACGAGGUGCACAUUUUCAGUCUGAGCGAUAAACGUAUUCUUCAUUGGGUCAUUGAUAUUGUUAAUGAGGGUGCGGAUAACGCAAAGCGAGUGAACAAGCAGUCUAAACCACGGUAUCAGCCAACACGAACAAUGUCGCGGAAGAAGGAUGCCAUCAGUCAACCAGAAAGAAUUAAGCGUCAUGCAAGAGAGUCCUCUACUGGAGGAACCAAGGGAAAACUGGAGGAGUUAAACCAACUCUUCGAUGAAAUUGAGGGGUUUGAGAACCUUUUGCAUGAUGCCGUUGCAUUUCAAGUCACCGGAGCUAAUAAAGUUGAUCGAUCAUUGUGGCGUGACAGCCUAACUCCGCCCUCGUACGAGGCUGCAUUGGCCCAUGUGGAGCGCAUUCGGAAUUGCAUCAAUGUAACAGCUGAUCUCAAAGACCACAUCAAAGAUCCGGGACCAGGAGAGCUGCUUAAUCGUCUCUUUGAGUCGCUGUGGUGGGUGCAAAAGAUCUGUGAUGGCAACCGCGUGAUCCACUACGAUCCCAAUCUCGUGCGCUCGGUGUGGCGACCUGCCUUCACCGACAGGACCAUUAGCGCUCUCUCAGACUACCUUCAGGCCGGUAACAAGUCCUUCUGGCAGUCCCUUGGCGAUGCUUGGACCGUCCCUGGUGGCAAACCAGACAAUGUUAACGGAGACUUUGCUCUUUCAACAAGACCCACCACUGUGGAAAGAAGUGGUUUCAAACCGGAGAUGACAAUUAAGGACUAUGGCUACUACACGGCAGUGAAUGCUACACCGCAGAAGAAGGAGGGGGAGGAGAAAAUCGACAUUGAGAGCUUCAUCAGCGGCGUUCGUGCUCGUGGUGGAACACUUGUCAUCGCAAAACAGAAGAACGUGAGUGAAGCGGCUAGGGAACUCAGCGUUAAUGUCGGUGAUAUUCUUGAGGUCUUGGAUGACAGUAGUGAGUGGUGCUGUUUGCGUACGCCAACCGGACAAACAGGCCACGUUCCACGUCGAUGCAUUGAGGUCCUUGAGGAGAAUAUGGCAGGACCCAGUAGACGUUUACUUCCCCAUGAUCGCUCCAAGUCGCCACGGGAGAAGAAAAUAUCCAUUUCUAAGCGUAGCAGCGCAACGUCACGCAAGUUCAAAAAAGCUCCUCAGGAACCUGAUAUUGAUAUCUCUGAAACCACCAGUACGGAUGAAAAUUACGAUGGCGGAGACUACGUGCGUCAAAGUACUCCUAGUCGCACAAUAAGGCACCACUCUUGCGUUUCCUGUUGUGACGGCGGAGUCCAUUCCUGCCACCAUCAUCACCACUCUAUGUCACCUCCGAGACAAGAAUCCAUGGCUGUAGCUACGGGUCAGCAGUAUCAACCAAUGAACGUACAGCCUUUGCAACAGCGUCCCACUGGCCAGCCAAUCAUUCAUCAGGGUACAAAUGGUCAACCAUCGGUCAUUGUGGUUCCCUCGGCGCCCAGUCAACCGGCUCCUCCUAGGCCCCCUCCUGUGCACUAUUUGGUGACUCCACCGGCCCCAGCUCCACCACCACCUCCACCAGCGCCACAGCCGCUCAUUGUUCCCGUGCCUUAUCCUAUGCAACAACCGAUGAUCCAGGCGCCUAUGAUGGCACCGCCUACGAUGGCACCAACUAUGAUGCCACCGCCUACGAUGGCACCAACUAUGAUGCCACCGCCUAUGAUGCAGCCUAACAUGGGAUCCUAUGGAAUCUACGGCCCACUUUCACGUGGAACACCAGCUCCCAUGGAUCCCUUCUAUGAUGGCUACACAAAUUUCGAAGGAGGGUUUGGACGAAGACCCUCAUCGCCUUCACCUAGAAGGAGCCCGCGACACAAACAGAGGGGCAAUGGGAGGAGGAAGAAGAAGGGUGAUCGGUCAAAGAGUGGCAGAGGCAGCAGUAGUAGUAGUAGUAGCAGCAGUAGCAGCUCUAGUCGAAGCAGCUCUUCCAGUUCAGAUGGAACAAAAGGGCGCUCAAAGGGUAAGAAGCACGCCAAGUCAAAGAAGUCAAAUAUUCCACAGGCUCCGCCACCGCCACCACCUCCGCCCAAGGAAGACACUUAUGAUGUUGUUAAUCAAACCGUUCGCAAGCAAAGGUUUUUGUCUCAGAUGCCUGCACCCCACAUGGAGACGAUGAAUAGGGAGUUGCAGGAGCGCAUGAAGGCAAUGCGUGAGGGCAACUCCAACGGGCUGAAGCCAGCAUCACGUCGUAAGCUGGACGACACCUGGAACGCCUCUCAGGUCUCCUCCAACGGUGCCGAUCCGGCCACGGAGAUAGCUCGGUUGGCGAACAAGUUUGGCACCGCACAGGUUUGCGAGCUGAACACCUCGCAUUCGAGAAGAGCACUGUGGGAUAUGAGUGCCCCCUAA